AACACCUGAACAAAUUUUAAUCUAACAUAUGCAGAUAAGCGAGUGAUUCUGAUUUUUCGAUAGUUUGCAUAAUUUUGUAUCGUAGUUUUACGCCAGCAGUUCUUUCCUUAAUCAUUUAUUUAUAUAUACCGAGAAGUUUUACUUCCAUAUUUUCAAUUUCUACUAACUGCGCAGCUUGCAGCUUGUUCUUUCGCAACUAUUCGAGAUGCAAGGGGGUGCGACCCAGUACAACACGUGGAUUCCAAUUGCGUGCCCGCCAGGUCUGGAAUAUCUGGCCCAGAUUGACCAGGUGUACAUCAAACAGCAGGUAGAGACGCUGGAAGUUGUGACUGGGAUGCACACGGAGAACAGAUACGAAAUCAGAAACUCAGCUGGCCAACUGUUUAUGUUUGCUCGCGAAGAAUCGGAUGAAAAUGAGCGAUUAUGCUGUCCUAAUUCGAGAGGAUUUAUCCUUCACAUCACAGACAACAACGGAUUGGAGCUCUUGCGAUACAAAAAGGAGUUCGCCUACUGUGACAACCAAAUGACAGUUGAAACUCCGAUGGGACAGGUACUCGGGAAAGUGGGCGCCGGCGAAGACGAGGGUUGUUGUGAUCCGAAGUUGAGAGUGACAGAUGAACAAGGACAAUUCAUACUAUACAUUAAAACUGAAGAUGCCGGAUGUCUAUGCCGAGUUCCAAAUCCAGACUCCCGACAAAACCCACAACAUCGGAUCCAUUAACAAAAUCAAACAGGACAUUACCACUGAGUGGCUUACGAACGCAGACACAUUUAUGCUGACUUUCCCGAUUGAUUUAGACGUUAAAGCAAAAGCAACACUUAUUGGGGCAGCAUUUUUGGUCGAGGACGCGGGGGACGUGGAGGAUACACCCAAGGACCAAGUAGUGGGGGAAGCGGCAAUAACCGUAGGUGUUAUAAUUGCGAUGCACCAAAUUUUACCCUUGACCACAUUGCAAGCUGUCCUGCGAAGGGAGCAACAUGCAACUCGUGCCGAAAACUGGGACAUUUUGAACGAACAUGUCGAGGAGUUAGGAGGGGUACUAACCAAUGGAGAGGACGAGGACGAGUCGGCUUAG